AAGAAGAACCACCACCACCGUUACGUAAUUGUUAGCUAGUUAGGUUCACUGCACUGAACUGACGUUACGAAAUAUGGCUGGAGUGGGUAAGAAAUCAGCAGCGGGACCCUCUGGUGUCAUGGACUGGAUCUCCACGGCGUGUCGCUUUGCCACGGAUAGGAAUGAUUUCAGAAGGAACCUGUUGGUGAAUUUGGGUCUGUUUGCAGCAGGUGUUUGGGUGGCGAGGAAUUUAUCUGACUUUGAUUUGAUGUCUCCGCAAGCAGUCGCCUAACUGCAGCAAGUAAGCUGUGUCUGACCAAAUUUCUACGCCACAGCUGCUGACAGUCAUGGGACCCAAGCUGUAAAUGUCAUCCACGUGGAAGUGAAGACACUCAAUAAAUGAUUAGUUUCUUUUGUAUUUUUAAAAAAUGUAUUUAUCAUUUGCAAACGAUCUCGUUCGGGCAGUGACUCGUUUGGUACACACAAGCUGUUUCUAAUUUUUCACUUUAACUUGUAAUUUUACAAAAGCAAUGCUUGUGUAGAAAGCAAAAUAAGUGAAAAAUGCACGUGUUGUCCUCGGGCAGAGUACAAGUCAUACAUGCUGUGCGCCUUGCUGCUGCAGAUUUAGCCAUAGCUUUUAGUCUACAUCUUUUGCUCUUGGGAGCAGUUUUGCAUUUUCUCAAAUAUGGAUGAAUAUGCUUUUACACCAAUAAAAGUGAAUUUCAUAACAUA